AUGGUGUACUCUCGCAGCGCUCCCACCCGUGCCUACAUCAAAGCUGUCGCUCUUAGCGCACUGAGCUUCGCUGCGUUGCCCCUAUCAGCGGCCCAGGAUGGCACCACUGCGACCACGUGUGAGAUUUCCGACGAUCUUAAAAGCAACGGCAUCCGCGUCGUCGACGGCCCCGGCUGCGCCAACGGCGGGCUCGGCUGCUACAACGACCACUGCCGCUACUGCAAGCUCAUCGACACGCCCAAGUCGACGCAGUUCGAGAGCUGCUCGUCCUUCGGAGCCAACUUCCCGUCCAUGGCACCGCCAGUGGUCACCACCGGGGCCUGUGAGAUUUCCCAGGGUGACGCUGCUGCGGGCAUCGCUGCGGUGGUCGACGCGGACUGUUUGUACGGAGGCCUUGGCUGCUUCAACGACCACUGUCGGUUCUGUAAGGCGCAGGAGACAACGGCAUCGGCGUCGUUCUCGAACUGCGCAGACUUUGAUGCAUCUACUAUCGUUACGGCUGCCACCGUCACAGCACCGGCACCACCCGCAGCUGCCGCGUAUUCACCGACAAGUGCUACUGGGGCUUCGUGCCUGCUUGUGGUGUCUGAGGGUGACGCAGCAGUCGGCAUCAACAUCAUUGGUGAUGGCUCAUGUAGCGCGGGUGGCAUCGGUUGCAUCGAUGAUGUGUGUCGGUUCUGCCGAGUGAGAACCACGGUGCAGUCGGCAGCGUUCACCGACUGCAACAGCAUUACCGGCACCACUGCUUUCACUGCAACAGAGUCUCCUCCUGUAGCCCCCACGGACGCGCCCACAGCGGACGCCCCAACGGAUGCGCCUACCGAUGCCCCGACAGAGCUACCGACCAAUGCACCGGCAGAGCUUCUGACUGAGCCUCCGACCGAGGCACCGGCAUCCAGCAGCACGUGCCAGCAGCUAGCAGCAGAAGGAGACAUUUUGGCCGGCAUCACCAUCGUCACCGACACUUCCUGUGCCACCGGCGGCAUUGGCUGCAUCAGCGACGUGUGCCGCUACUGCCGCACUGUGUACACGAGUCAGUCGGCGUCGUUCACGGACUGCGGCGUCAUUCUUGGCACGGUUGCCACGGAUGCACCGACCGAUGCGCCGAUGGAUGCGUCAACCGUCACCGCGACCGAUGCUCCAACUGAUGCUCCAACCGAUGCGCCCACGGACGCCCCCACUGAUGCCCCUGCUGAUCAGCCCGUAUGCACUAAGGUCGUCUCGUCGGGCGAUGCGUCGGUCGGCAUUAACAUCGUCACGGAUGCUUCGUGCGUGAACGGCGGUGCCGGUUGCAUCGACGAUAUUUGCCGCUUCUGUAAGGUGUUGACCACGGUUCAGUCGACGACAUUCGUGGACUGCACGUCCAUUACCGGGUACUCGACCAACGUGAUCACCACGGCGGAUACUGUCGUCACCGAGGCCCCGACCGCCGUCCCGACGGAUGCCCCCACGGAUGCGCCUACCGAUGCCCCAACUGACGCUCCUACCGAUGCGACCGAUGCUCCUACCGAAGCCCCCUCUGAUGCUCCAACGGAUGCCCCCACUGAGACGCCAACACCCGUGGAAUCGAUGCGGACUGCUUACGCGUCGGUGGGUGAUGCAACAUGUGCGCUUGUUGUUUCGUCCGGCGACGCAGAGGUCGGCAUCAACAUCGUCAGCGAUGCCUCGUGCAGCUCGGGUGGUGUCGGUUGCAUCGACAGCGUGUGCCGAUUCUGCCGAGUGUGGACGACGUCGCAGUCGGCGGCUUUCGUGAGCUGCGACGGAUACACGACCACCACCGCCCCUUAG